GUGACGUCACCGGGCUGCGCUGCGUUCCUGCAUCUGUUGUGAUUCGGAUGAAAGGACAAAGUGUCAAAACACACAUAAAAACUCCUUCUGAAGCAGCUGAGAUCCACGUGACACACUAUUAUUAAGAUGGCGUAUAUUAAAGAGGAGAGUGAAGACACGAGGAUUGAAGAAGCAUUCAGAGUUAAACAUGAAGAUACCGAGGAAUUCAGAGUCAAACAUGAAGAUACUGAGGAACAAACAGACACGAUGCCACCAAAAGAGGAGCGACAAGAACUGAAUGAAAUGGAAGAGAAGGAUCAGAAUGAGGAACUUCAUGAUUUCAUAACUGGAAAAAAAUCUGUAAAGACUGAAAAAAUGUCCUCACGAAAAAGAGCCCAGAAGACCAAAUCUAACACCUGCCAUCAGUGUGGAAAGUGUUUCAGUGAGAAAAAAAACCUUAAUGACCACAUGAGAGUUCACACUGGAGAAAAGCCUUUCACCUGCCCUCAGUGUGGAAAGAGUUUCAGUCUCACAGGAAACCUUAAAAUCCACAUGAGAAUUCACACUGGAGAGAAGCCUUUCACCUGCCCUCACUGUGGAAAAAGUUUCAGUCACACAGGAAACCUUACAAGCCACAUGAGAAUUCACACUGGAGAGAAACCUUAUGCAUGCCAACAGUGUGGAAAGUGUUUCAGUGGGAAAAAAAUCCUUAACGACCACGUGAGAAUUCACACUGGAGAGAAACCUUACACAUGCCAACAGUGUGGAAAGGGUUUCAAUGGGAAAAAAAUCCUUAAAGACCACAUGAGAACUCACACUGGAGAGCAACCCUACAUAUGCCAACAGUGUGGAAAGUGUUUCAGUCAAAAAGCGAACCUUAUAAGCCACAUGAGAAUUCACUCUGGAGAGAAGCCUUACACCUGCAAACAGUGUGGAAAAUGUUUCACUAAAAAGUGGAACAUCAUAAAACACAUGAGAAUUCACACUGGAGAGAAGCCUUACACAUGCUCUCAGUGUGGAAAGUGUUUCAGACAUAAACCAUCCUUUGAUUCCCACAUGAGAAUUCAUACUGGAGAAAACCCUCACACGUGCAAAUUGUGUGGGAAGAGCUUUACACGAAAAGGAUCUCUUAAGACUCACAUGGUCAUUCACACUGGAGAGAAGCCGUUCACCUGCCAACAGUGCGGAAAGAAUUUCAAUCAACAAGGAAACCUUAAAGUCCACAUGAGAAUUCACACCGGAGUGAAGCCUUACACCUGCAAACAGUGUGGAAAUACUUUCACUGAAAAAGGAAACCUUAAAAAACAUAUGAGAGUUCACACAGGAGAGAAGCCUUACACCUGCAAACAGUGUGGAAAGAGUUUCAAUCAACAAGGAAUCCUUGAUGUCCACAUUAGAGUUCACACUGGAGAGAAGCCUUACACCUGUCAACAGUGUGGAAAUAGUUUCACUGAAAAUGGAAACCUUAAAAGGCACAUGAGAAUUCAUACUGGAGAGCAGCCUUAUGCAUGCCUUCAAUGUGGAAAGAAUUUUAAACAUAAAAGCAUUUAUAAUGCCCACGUGGGAAUUCACACUGGAGAGAAGCCUUUCACCUGCCAACAGUGUGGAAAACAUUUCAGUCAACAAGGAAACCUUAAAGUCCACAUGAGGGUUCACACCGGAGAGAAGCCUUACACCUGCAAACAGUGUGGACAUGGUUUCAUUAAAAAAGAAAGCCUUAAAAGACACAUGAGAGUUCACACUGGUGAGAAGCCUUACACAUGCUCUCAGUGUGGAAACAGUUUCACUCAACUAUCGAGCUUUAACAGGCACAUGAGAAUUCACAUCAGAAAGGAGCAUUAAACCUCCAAAUUGUGUGGAAGAACUUCACAACAAAACUAAACCUCAAGGCCAAUGUAUACUUCGGUUUUUACGUCUACACGAGGGUCUGCGUACAGUAUGCAUGACACAAAAUUCACCAAAAUAGUAUGCGCACCAUCUGAUUUUUGUACCUGUGCGUACUUUGUACGUGCAGGUCACAUAUGAGCAUUGACUUGGUUUUGCACUAAUCAGUUGUUCCAAGGGGGCAACACUGGUCCAGGUCAUUGUUUUUUUUUGCAGUAGAAAACAAAACUAAAGAGACAGAACAACAAUGCUAACAAUGCUAGUGUUUGGGUACAAAAACUAAUUAUACUUUAGGUAUCACAUGAACAGUUACACCGGUGAGAAUCUGUGUACAUUUGGUCAGUGUGGGUGGGGGUUG